AUGGCUGUUAACGCUUACAGUCGAAGAAUUAGGGAAAUCAUUGUUAUGCCACAAGGUUCUCACAUACCAUUUACUGCAAGACUAAUGUUCGACUGCACCAAUAAUAUGGCAGAGUACGAAGCUUGUAUCAUGGGACUAGAGGAAGCCAUUGAUCUUAGAAUCGAGAUUCUGGAUGUGUAUGGAGAUUCUGCUCUAGUUGUCCAUCAGAUCAAAGGAGAAUGGGAGACUCGUCAUCCUGGUCUAAUUCCUUACAGAGAUUAUGCCCGAAGACUGCUGACCUUCUUCAAUAAAGUUGAAUUCCACCACAUACCUCGUGAGGAAAAUCAAAUGGCAGAUACAUUGGCUACUUUGGCUUCCAUGUAUCAAGUGAAGUUUCCAAAUGAAGCUCCCCAAAUUACAAUCAUGCGUCUAGAUAGACCAGCUCAUGUAUUCGCCGUUGAAGCAGUCACAGACGAUAAGCUGUGGUUUUAUGAUAUCAAACCUGGGGCAUCUAGCAAAGACAGAAGAACUUUGAGAAGGUUGUGUGGUAAUUUCUUCCUAACUGGGGAUGUGCUCUACAAAAGAAACUUUGACAUGGUGUUGCUCAUGAAGGAUCUUUUGGCACUCACGCCAAUGGACAUGCAAUGGAAAGAAAAAUGUUAA